GAGGGCUUUCUCUGAUCUACGAAGAAGAGACCGUGACCAUGGCGGCUGUCAUGAGAAACGGAUUGGUAACAUUGAUCAAGGGUCUGAGCGGCCCUCAGUGGCCGCAGCUCGCCUGUCGACCCUUGAGCAUAUCUGCUUGCUUACGUUCCGAAGCCCCGCUGGCUCGUGCCGAUGCAACCUUUAAGGUCACGAUGGUUCCAGGGGAUGGUGUUGGACCUGAGCUGAUGUCUGCAGUCAAGGAUGUGUUCAAAGCAGGCGAUGUCCCUGUGGAAUUUGAGGAGUUCCAUUUGAGUGAAGUACAAAACAUGGCUAGUGAGGAGAAACUGGACCAAGUGUUGACCUCUAUGAAGAGCAACAGAGUAGCAAUUAAAGGAAAGAUCCACACACCCAUGGAAUUCAAAGGGGAGUUGGCUUCAUAUGAAAUGAGACUGAGACGCAAACUGGACCUCUUUGCCAACGUGGUUCACGUGAGUAGCUUGCCGGGCUACACCACGCGCCACAACAAUUUGGACCUCGUGAUCAUCCGAGAACAGACAGAAGGAGAGUACAGCUCCUUGGAGCAUGAGAGUGUAACUGGUGUGGUUGAAUGUCUGAAAAUCAUCACCAGAGAGAAGUCGAGGCGCAUCGCAAAGUUUGCUUUUGAUUAUGCCACCAAGAAGGGGCGAAACAAAGUCACGGCUGUUCACAAGGCCAAUAUCAUGAAACUAGCUGAUGGCCUUUUUCUGCAGAGCUGUGCCGAAGUGGCACAGCUGUACCCCAAAAUCAAAUAUGACACCAUAAUCAUCGAUAACUGCUGCAUGCAGCUGGUCCAGAACCCAUACCAGUUUGAUGUGCUGGUAAUGCCCAAUUUGUAUGGAAACAUAAUUGAUAACCUGGCAGCGGGACUGGUGGGAGGGGCGGGUGUCGUUCCGGGCGAAAGCUACAGUGCAGAAUAUGCAGUCUUUGAAACGGGUGCGCGCCAUCCCUUUGCACAAGCAGUAGGCAGGAACAUCGCCAACCCCACAGCCAUGCUGCUGAGUUCUGCCAACAUGCUCCAUCACCUCAAUCUGGAUUAUCAUUCCCAAAUGGUGUCAGAUGCUGUCAAAAGGGUCAUCAAACAGGGCAAGGUACGGACACGAGACCUCGGCGGUUACUGUACAACAGGCGACUUUGUGCGUGCUGUUUUGGAAAACCUGCGAUACCGACCUAUUUAGAUGUGUUCUCCCAUAUACGCACACGUCUUCAUGAUGAUCUUUUCUAUGGACACUCGGACAUUGACAUGUCAUGAAAUGGUUAUGUAGUAUUUGUCACCUUGACGAAAUGGCACUUGGAAAGAUUUUCUACCACUGGGUUUACCAAUCCUGUUAAUGGGUUACUACAACCCAACAAUGGUCAUGGGGCCGCUGCUCAACAAGGUAUACACUAACCAUGUCAUUUGCGAAGCUGUACCGGCACUCUCCACAAAUGCCAUUUAAUGCUUCGCCUAUUCUAAAUCAGUUUAUACUCUUUAUCUUUGGCAGUUUUUUUGUUUUUGUUUUUUUUGCCACAACACUCAGAGAAUGUUCAUGUUUAUUACUAGAAUUUAGUUAAAGGUUUUACCUGUACAAUUUGGUCAAACAAAUAAAGACAACUAAAGACACACA